CCGGCAGGAGAGAGAGACACAGAGACCCCGCCAUACACACACAGACACAGUAGCGCAGCCAUGGUGGAGCUUACGGACCUGCAGAUUGUGGCCAUCGCGGUGACGGGCGUGACGCUGGUGCUGCUGGCGAUGGCGGCGCGCGUGCUGCUGCCGAGCAAGACAGACGAGGUGGACGAGUCGCUGCAGGCCAUGAUCAACGGCUUCGACUUCGCGCUGCCCGAGGAGGUGGAGCAGUACCGCAAGGGCAAGGAGGAGCACCCGGAGGACACGGACAAGUGCUUCCAGCUGCUGUUCCGCCGCGCCGUGGCCGACAUCCCGCUCAUCCGCAAGAUCCAGUCGGAGAGCUCGGGCAUCCAGCGCCUCAAGAAGAACGACAUCCUCAAGGACGGCUCCUACCUCAGCUACAAGCUGGCCGAGGAGAUGAUCAACGACGAGAUCAACGAAGUGCGCAGGGAAGCCGAGGAGCUCAAGCCGGGCGAGGGCUGGCCCGACAAGAUCUUCCCCCAGGCCGUGCAGUGUAUGAACCAGAUCGCUGAGCAGCAAAUGGCGGCGCAGCGCAAGGCGGCGGAGGCACAGAUGAGGGCCAUGCAGGCUGCGCGCGAGAAGGCCAUGGCACAGGCGGAGGCUGCUCAGGCCGCUGUCCAGAACAUCGAGGCGCAGGUAGCAGCGAAGGAGAGCGAGGAGGAGACGCUGCGGAAGAGGAAGUAGAAGUGUCAAGGGGUCCGGACGCCCGUAGCAUUCUGGAUAAAAGCCCCUUUGGGUUUGGCCUUCACCUGCUUCGCCGCUCGCUCCG